ACCGUUUUUUCACGCUGAGAGAAAAGAGACUGACGCUCGAGCGGGUGGAGACUGCUACACAUUUAAAUCCCCCGGGUCGGUUAUUCAGCAACAAACAACGUUUCUUUUUUUAAUUUUCUUUCUAUCGUUGGAGUCUUUAGAACUGGGUUAAUGUCGUAAAUGACAGGUCGGUAAGGGCGUCGUUGUUGGGAAGUUUUUUCGAGGGGGGGUUUUGACCAGCAAAGGGGCCAUGGCAGUCGAGGCUCGGCCGGAGCUGGUCGGGAAGCGGUUCCUCUGUGUCAGCGGGGAAGAGCCGCCUGAAAUCGGCGACACAGGUCGGUGGCCGUGGAGGUCCGGUGUCAUACGAGCCGUUAACCACCGUGACAACGACAGUCUGGACCUGACGGUUUAUGUGGAGUUUGAUGACCAGGAGUGGGAGAAGAGAGAGUGGGUGAAGGUCUAUGAGGAUUUCCAGCUGUUUCUACUGGAGCACCAGCUGGUCUGGGCCAAGAGGAAGGAGGGAACAGGAAGCGGAGCAGGGGGCCUGCAGGGACCCAAGGCCAAACACAUACAGUGGCCUGCCCUGGCAUUUAAGCCAGUGGUGGGGAAGAGCCUGCUGUCCUCAUUCACAGCGGUGGAAUUCUUGUUAGACCGACAGCUCGACUUCCUGUCUGACCUUUCAGCCUUCCAACCAUACCAGGAUGAGGUGGACAGUCUGAACCCAGUGCUAAGAGACAACCAUCAGCUCCAUGACGAAGUGAGAGGCUGGCUCAAAGACCAGAAGGUGCAGGAGAUUUUUAUGCAAGGUCCCUACUCUCUGAAUGGAUACCGUGUGCGGGUGUACAGACAAGACUCGGCCACCCAGUGGUUCACUGGCAUCAUUACACACCACGACCUCUUCAGUCGAAACAUGGUCGUUAUGAAUGACCAGGUGCUAGAGCCUCAGAACGUGGAUCCCUCUAUGAUCCAGAUGACCUUUCUGGAUGAUGUGGUCCACUCCCUACUGAAAGGAGAAAACAUCGGUAUCACCUCCAGAAGAAGGUCACGAUCCAGCACCAACAACAACAAUGCCCAUAUGACGGGUGGGAGACCCAGCGGGACCACCGGCAGCACUCAGAGCCAUUACACACGAGCCCAGGCCAACAGCCCCCGUCCCAUCAUGAUCUCAUCAGGCCCCAACGCGAAAGGUUCCCAGGGGACCCAGGCCUCGCAGCAGCAGAGCCAGUCACAACAAAGCCAGCAAACAGCCAGCCAAUCACACAACUCGCCCGGCGGCAAUGCGAGGGAGCAGAGAGAGCAGCGCAACGCCCGCUCCUCCAGGAGGAAAGGAUCGGACAGCAGCGUUCCAGAGGAGGACAAGAGAGAGGAGCCCCCAGCCAGAGAGUCCAAAAAGGCUAAGCAGGCAGUAAACAAACGCAGGAAGGGCGAGGAAGAGGAGAAGAAGGCCAGUCUAAAGAGGCUGAAGACGGACAUAACCUCGGACCUAUCAGAGAGCAGUGACUCAGAGAACCCACUCAACAAGAGGGCUGCCCUCUCCUCGUGCUCUUCUUCGUCCUCAUCGUCCUCCUCAUCCUCCUCAUCUUCCUCUUCCUCCUCCUCAGAGCCCAACUCUGAGAACGAGCUAAAGACUCGCAGCAGUGAUGUGAAACAAAGCGCUGUUUCCAAAAAGGAGGAAGAGGAGAAGCCGCUGAUGCCGGCCAACAAAAUGAAUGAAUCCUCGUCUCUCAUUGGUCGCCUUUCCCCGUGGGCGGAGCUUCAGGAGGACACUAAGAAGGGCGUGGUUAAGGAAACGAGCAAAAUUACAACAAAGGAGGAGGAGGAGUUGGUCGCGGUAACACAGAUCACCCAGUCUCCACGGCAACAAACGCCUGUGAUGCCUGACAGUCUUCAGGCAGGCAGUAUGGAGAGCAGCAAGAACACUGUGAAAGCGUCCUCUCAGUCCCAGACGCCGGCGGUGUCCCAGCCCGGCGGCGGCGGCGCUGUGACCGACAUCACAGAAGAGGCUCAGGCCACGGUGCACCAGGAGAGCUCCGAGGCGGUGUCAGCGCUGCUCGCCUCACAGAAUGCAGAGUCCACGGCACUCUCACCUUACCUCCCCCUCAACCCCUCCCCUGUGUCCUCGCCUCCCGUCCCUCCGUCUCCUUCGCCUUCAGAAGGAGGCCGCAAGGCAGAGACUGAGCCUUCCGCACAGCAGCAGCAGCAUGGCCUUACAGGAGGCGGCACGACAGCAGCCCGGAGCUCAGGAAACAAGAUGGAGUUUGCUCCCUCUGAGGUCAUCAGGCCUGUCACAUCGAUGGUUGAAAAUGUGUUGCUAGUGGAGAAGGAGAAACCUGUCCUUCCUCAUCAUCUUCAGCAUCAGCAACAGCAGCAGCAGCAGCAACAGCAGCAACAGCACACACAACAGAAGCAACACUACACAUCUGUCCACCCCAGCAUUAAUAGCCCUUCUCUGUCUGAGGAGACGAGAAAACCCCCCCAGCAGCACCCACCCCCCAACAAGAUCAAUGCAGCCAUCCCUCCUGACUUCAAAUCCAAAACCAGCCCCAACCCAGCGCAACUCGACUCCCUGAAACAGAAACCCCAGCACCCCAACAACUCUCAGAGCCAUCCCUACCCAAACACAACCCCAGCUGAGCCUCUCAAAGCUAAGCCCCACCCGGGCCUGCUGGACAUCUCCAAACCCAAACCCAACACCUCCCCAGAGGUCUCCAAACAUAAAAUACAGCGAUACUCUGGCCCCUCCCCUCCGCCGAUAGGUCGUUUGUCAGCUAAAGUAGAACCAGCAGAACCUCCGCGGUCCUGCUUCAAGCCAGUGCCGGUGCGGUUGGAGUCUGGUGGGGUCAGCAGCACGAAGAGCCCCUUCAUCAUCGAUAAGAACGAGACGUUCACGGUUUACAGAGACCCCGCCCUGGUGCGUUCAGCCGCAGAGAACUCUGUCUCUGUCAGCAUCUCCUCCAACCACGUGGCAGCUUAUCUCCACCCCCACCUGCACACUCUUCACUCCCCUUCCCCUCACUCCCCCUGCCUCACCUCCGCAUCGCACCCCCAUACCUCCCAUCUCCUUGCCCCUCCUCACACCUCUGCCCUACCUCACCCGCACCUUUUACCCCCCGGGGUUCUCCCCGCCAUGCCUCCGCCCACAGCCUCUCUUCUCGGGGGCCACCCACGUCUUGACUCCCCCAGCGGGUUGGGUCACCUUGGUCUGCCUCACCCAGCCGCCGUACACCAGCAGCAGUUCCUACAGGCUCAGGGCCCCCCUCUACUAGCCCAGGCCCACAGCGGGGCCGCAGGGCUGGGCCUCUACCCCAUCCUCUGGCAGUACCCCAACGGAACACCUUCUUCCUACCCCCCAGGGCUCAACCUGCCCCCCACAGCCAAGUGGGUCCACCCUGACAAUCCUGUGAAUUCGGAAGUGUCUCUCAGGAGGAAUACAGCCAGUCCGUGGCUGCACCAGGCUGGGGGGGGGGCUGAUGGUCUGGGUCUUCUGAGCCACGUUCCUGUACGGCCUGCCAGUGCCGAUCCCCACCGCCCCUCCGUCAAGAUGAACACACACGCCAGCCCUCCACUGUCAAAGGCCAGCAUGAACGCACAUAAAGAGGAGAUGGAUAAGAAAGGCUUUGUGGACCCGAUCAGGACGCUGACACUGGCCCAGCUGAAGCAGGAGCAGUCAGACAGGAGUCGCACCCCCACAGGGAAAGAAGUCCACCUGCACCGCCUCUACAUGGACCCCCACAGCAAGGCCCGCAUGGAUGCGGUUCAGGCAGCAGAUCGAGCCAGUAAAUACAAAGAGGAGAAUCGGCAGAUCCUGAAGGAGAGCAUCGAGGUGGCUCCCUACACGGCUAAGAUCCAGCGCUCAAGUGACCCGGGCAUGGACCGGGACCGAGAGAGGAGCAGAGACCCAGCCUUCCCUGUCCGAGUCCCCGCACUCUCCUCCCCAAACCCCAAGGCGGGCCACAUCCAUCCCCACGUUAUCCAAUCAGAAAAGAGCAACUACUUCACCACGCUGUCCAACAGUGUAGUGAAUGAGCCUCCCAGACUCUACUCCUCCAAGGAGCUCAGCUCUUACUAUGAGAACGUUUCUAGCGGAGCUCCAGGAGUCGUGGCCAGCGUUGGAGCCGCCGUGCCCAGCCAGGGAGCUCUGUCCCUGGGCAGCUACAGCUCCAAAGCCUCCCUCUCCAAGCCCCCGCCUCUCAUCAAGCACCAGCCAGAGGGGGGGGAGGGUUUAGCGGGGAAGAUCAAUGAGCAGCUCAGCCAGCAGGUGACUCUGGUGCAACAGCAGCACCAGCAUCAUGCAGGUUUAGACAGGAUGGAGCGCCACAGCCCUGCUAUCUCUCCUUCCUCCUCUACAUCUUCCUCCUUAGCACCAAACCACCACCAUCCUCACCACCACCUUCACCACCAGCAGCACCAACAGCAGCAGCAGCACCAACAGCAGCAGCAGCAGCUCAGGGCAAUGCCAUCUCUCCACCGAGCGCCCGUCUUCCACCCGCCCACACAACACGCACUGGAAAGGAAAGAGGCUGCAGAGCGAGAGAGGGAGCGGGAGAAGGAGAGAGAGCGAGAGAGGGACAGAGCCAGUUACGGUGGACGCCUGUCUCCCCCAACACUCACCCCCAUUCAGCCGGUAAGCUUAGCGGCAGCUGGCAGCAAGACGUUGGCGGAGCAGCAGAAGCCCCCCACUCUGCUGCCGGAACUCAGGGACACCAAAGGUCACGGAAACGCUGCCGUGGUAACCUCUGUAGCUGCAGCCAUCAGCGGGGACGUCAUGACUUCCUCUGCAGACGCGUGGAGAGAGAGAGGAGGCUCCUUCUCCGGAGAGAAAGGGAUGUCAAGGGGAAAGCCCCAAUCUGCAAUGGCGUCAGUCAUUGUGCGUCCAUCCACUUCUAUUAAGUACGACAUUCCUGUUGGUGCUAACAAAUCUGGUGCUAUGAUCCCUAAGGAGCUCCCCCAGGGGAGGUUCUACUCAUCCAAGCUUCAGGGGGAGUGUCUCAGGCGAGGGGAGGGGUUCAGAGACGUUGGCAGGAUCAUCCAACCCAACUCCAACCUGGACGACAUGUGUGUCCAGUAUAACAACACUUCUAUGCGUAGCAUGCAUGGAAUGAUGGGAGCUAGUAUGUCUAACUCUGUGUGCAGGACUAUUUCUCCAGCCUUUGGCAUCCAGAGUAUGAGUGGCACCGCCCUCCCUGAGCUGGGCUACUCCUCAUCAGCUCACAUUUCCUCCCAUAAAACUGGCAUUGGUGGCUGGGUGCUGAGUCACUCAGGACCAGGAGAGUACCACGAAGUGUUACGCACUACAUCUCCAGGGGGCUCUCUGCCGCCCCCUAGUCCAGCAGGGACACCCCAGCCCAGUCCUAGCAUCACCCCAACACCUAGCUCUGUUUCUGGCUCAAGUCAGCCGUACUCCCCCUCCUUUGUCCACCUAAAGAAGCACAAAGCUGCCCUGGCUGCAGCCCAAUCCAGAACCAACUUCUCCUCUGCUCCCACAGCCAUCACAACUGGAAACUGCUUCCUACCUGUGGACUCAGCUGACAAAACUCCUAUACAAAACUCCCCCCCACUACCCUCCUCCAGCCAAGCCUCAACAUCUUCCGUGGACAGCAGUAGCAACAGCUCGGUGGGCGGUAGCACAACGACAGGCAAGUCCAGCCCCCUGCCCAACGGCCAGAGCUCAGUCUCCUCCAGUGUGCAGCCCAGCAACUACCACAAGCUGAAGAAAGCCUGGCUAACCCGCCACUCAGAGGAGGACAGGAACACAACUGCUAACACAACCCCCCCCAGUGUUAAACCAGAGAAAGUGCCCACCACCACCACCAGCACCAGUAACACCGCAGCCAUGUCAGACAUGAUCAAACCUUGUACCGUCAAUCUGAGCGCCUCCACCUCCAGCGAGGUGGAGAUGAGCAAAGACAGUGUGAUCAAAGCUGAGAGAGAGAGGCAGCAGGAGGAGAAGGUGGGAGGAGCAGAAGGAGGCGGCGGGGAGGAGAGGAAAGUACCUCCCUCUUUAAGGCGAGGGAACAAGCGCACAUACGAGUCGGCUUCAGAGAGUGGGGGAGACGACUCCGAUGCCAGCGAGAGCAAAAUGGAGGGCCGAGCCAAGCGCCAGCCCAAACCCACCUACAAGAAGAAACAGAACGACAUGGCGAAGAAGAAAGGAGACAAUGAGAAGGAGGAAGACGACUUGAAGCCUAACGGCAUCUUCAGAUCAGCCCGAGAGAAGACUAAACUCAAGCUGGCCAGCAGCAAUGGGAUCCCCCGCUCCGUCCUGAAGGACUGGAGGAAAGUGAAGAAGCUGAAGCAGACGGGAGAGUCUUUUCUUCAGGACGACUCGUGUGCUGAAAUUGGACCCAACCUGCAGAAGUGUCGGGAGUGCAGGGUGAUCCGCAGCAAGAAGGGGGAGGAGCCCGCACAUUCCCCCGUCUUCUGCCGCUUCUACUAUUUCAGACGGCUGUCCUUCAGUAAAAAUGGAGUCCUCCGGAUGGAUGGCUUCUCCAACCCGGAGCAGUUUGAUGACGAGGCCCUGUCCCUGUGGGUCCCCGGGCUGGAGGACACCCAACUGGACCAAAACACAGCCAAGUACAUCCUCAGCUUCAUAGGAGACAAGUUCUGUCAGAUGGUUGUGACCGAGAACACAGCAGCCACCUGGGUCAAGAAAGAUGCCAAGGUGGUGUGGAAGCGAGCUGUGAGGGGGGUGAGGGAGAUGUGCGACGCCUGCGAGGCAACGCUCUUCAACAUCCACUGGGUCUGUCAGAAGUGUGGCUUCGUUGUCUGCUUGGACUGUUACAAGGCCAAGGAGAGGAGGAGCUCCAAAGACAAAGAACUGUACGGCUGGCUCAAGUGUGUGAAAGGUCAACCCCACGAUCACAAACACCUGAUGCCGACACAGAUCAUCCCCGGCACAGUGCUGGCAGAUUUGGUGUCUUCCAUGCACUCUCUGAGAGAAAAACACAACAUCAAGUCCCACUGUCCCUGCAGCACCAAGCAGAACCUGCUCACCAAACUGCCAGCCACUAACGGAGUCUCACAGGUUCUGCAGAACGUCCUGAACCACAGUAACAAACUCUCUGUGCUCAAGACUGAGCUGGGCUCUCAGCAGAACUCCGACCAAGGAGGGACGAAGGUGGAGACUAACGGAGGGGGGGGGGGAAGCAGUCCAAACAGCGAUGCAGGAAGUGCUCCUGUCACCCCGCCCGAGUCCCAGUCCCCUCUGCACUUCCUGGCUGAUCUGGCCGAGCAGAAGUCCAGGGAGGAGAAGAAAGAAAACAAGUCUGUGGUGCUGGGUAAAUCAGUGAAGGAGGACAAGGUGGGGGACAGCCUGGAGGUGCUGCAGCAGUGUAAGACCACCUCCCUGGUGGCCAACAGUACGGAGCAGGGCUCCACCCUCAGAGACCUGCUCACCACCACAGCAGGGAAGCUGAAGAUGGGCUCCACAGACGCUGGGAUCGCCUUCGCACCAGUCUACUGCAACGCUGCACAGCAUGGAAAAGGUGGGAGGACCAUGCCUAACAUCCUUGAUGAAAUCAUUGCUUCAGUGGUUGAAAAUAAAAUCCCGGCCAACCGCCAGAACAUCGCCAGCAAACUGUCAAGCAUCAAGCAUGAGCCUGUCACCCCUAGCAACAACAACAACAACCCCACCCCUGCUAUCACUGAGGAUGUUAAACCAGAUAGGAAGAAGACAGCUGUUCCUGCGGCGGUGCCAGAAGAAUCAACCAAUCAGUAUCCAGAUAUUCCUCACUGCUGGUUAAACAACAGGCGGCUGCUGUGGCUCAAAGAUCACCGCAACCACAACAACUGGAAGCUGUUCAGAGAGUGCUGGAGACAAGGACAGCCUGUCCUGGUGUCAGGGAUCCACAAGCGACUGAACAGCGCCCUGUGGAAAGCCGACUCCUUCAACCAGGAGUUUGCUGACCAUCAGGGAGACCUGCUCAACUGUAAGGACCAGGUGGUGUCCAACUCUGGGAUCAAGGAGUUCUGGGAUGGAUUCGAGGACAUCACCAAGCGGCCCAAGUCAAAGGACGGAGAGCCCAUGGUGUACAGGCUGAAGGACUGGCCCUCUGGAGAGGAGUUCAUGGCCCUCAUGCCCUCCAGAUAUGAUGACCUGAUGAAGAAUCUGCCUCUGCCGGAGUACUCUGAUCCAGAGGGCAACCUGAACCUGGCCUCCCACCUGCCCUCUUUCUUUGUCCGGCCCGAUCUGGGGCCCAGGCUCUGCUGUGCCUACGGCGUAGCUGCGUCUCAGGACCAGGACUUUGGGACCGCUAACCUCCAUGUGGAAGUCUCAGAUGUGGUCUCAGUUCUGGUCUACGUGGGAGUCGCUAAAGGCAACGGAGUCCUGUCAAAAACUGGAGUGUUGAAGCGUCUGGAGGAGGAGGAUCUGGAUGAAGGGGUGCGCAGGAGGCUCAAAGACUCCAGUGAGACCCCGGGGGCUCUGUGGCAUAUCUACCUCAACAAUGACAUGGAAAAAGUGCGGGAGUUCCUGCGCAAGGAGCAGAGCCUGGACGGGGCCCCUGAGCAGGACCCCAUCAGAGAGCAGGGCCUGUACCUGAGCAGGAAGCACAGGCAGCGGCUGCUGGAGGAGCAGGGGGUGCAGGGCUGGACCGUGGUGCAGUUCCUGGGAGACUCUGUACUCAUACCAGCAGGGGCCAUGCACCAGGUGCAGAACCUCCACAGCUGUGUGCAGGUCAUCAAUGACUUUGUGUCCCCCGAGCACGUGGCCAACUCCUUCCACCUGAGCCAGGAGCUGCGGCCCAACAACGAGGAGGUCAACUACGAGGACAAGCUGCAGGUGAAGAACAUCCUGUUCCACUGUGUGAAGGAGGCGGUGAGCUCCCUGAAGAGGAGCAGCUCUGAGGAAGACGAGGAGGAGCAGAACUCAUGACCCCCCCUCCACCUCGCCCCCGCCCUGCAGAGAGGGAGACGCCUCCAAUCAGCACCUCCUCUCCUCCCCCCCCUCCUCAGGUGGAGGUGAUGGGGUAAGAGCUGGUCAUGUGACCCGGGAACCUCAGGGUGUGAGUAGACCACGCCCCCCCCCCACCCCCCAUCACCACCAAACCUUCAGUGCCAAGAGGAGACAAACACUAGGCGGCUGCACCGACAGGGAUUACACCCCCCCACUCAAACCCAACUCUGUGACUGGUGUGUUACCAUGGAAACUCAGACUGUCCUGUGAGCUGACAGCAUGAUGGAGACUCUGCCCCCCCCCCUGCAGGAGGUGUAGUCCCUGUCUGUAGCAGCAGCCCCCACAGCAUCACCAGCAGCAGCAGCAGCAUCAUCUCUGCUGUUCAAAUCAAAAAAAUAUUGAGGGUAAAAAAUGCAAAAAGAGAAACAAGAAGUUUCCGUCAGCGCUCGCUGCCCCCCCCCCCUCUGUGUCGUCUGUCUGUACUCUGUCCGUUCUGUUCUUCUUUUCUAGUUCUAUCUGUCUGUUGCCGUUUGUUCUACAUUUUCUUUUUAAUACGAACAUUGUUUUAUUUCCUCUGUGAAGAUAUAUAUUUAUUUUAUAGCUGUAUGAUAUGCGAUGUUAUUGAGACAAAAAAAGCAUUAAUGUAAAUGUGAGUUGUACAGUUUAUUUUCUUUCUUUUAGUAUGUGGUUUUCAGUUGUAAUACGGCUCUACUGUGAUGGAGGACACACUCACACACUCACACACUCACACACAGACGCACACAUACUCACUCACACACACACCAGCUAUUGCCUGUAACUUUGGGAAAUGUUGAUGCUCUACAGUCCUCAUGCCAUAAAUACAUUUUUGAAAAUGAACUGCCAAACUAUUGUAAAGACUGUAAAGUUGUAUUAUGUAAAAAAGAACAAAAUGGCUUAUACACUUCAGCAUUUUAUGAAAAAAAAGUAUUUGCUGUAAAAUUAAGACAUUUACAGAAAAUAUAUAAUUUAUUUAAGAAAAUAAUGAAUUGUCUUGUUUUUUUGUUUAGUUAAAUUUACUAUGGUGAACUUUUGAAGUUAAAAGAUAAAAUAAUGAAAUGUUUACUAUAAUGUGUAAAUAUAUACAUAUAUACAUUCACUGAGGUAUUUUUUUAAAACAUGGCUUGCUUCAAUUUCAAAUUUUAAAGUGCAAGUGUUACAUGCUUUGUACAUUGAAGUUCAAAGGGUUUUACAUUUUCCAUUAAAAUGGAUUUAUCAAA